AGUUACGGUAUGUAAACGACCGCCGAUGCUUGACGGUUAUAGAUUAUAGUCUCUCCAUUCAAAAUGGAGGAAGGAUUUACUCACAGAAAACGUGGAUCUACGUCUGUGGUCGUCAAACACGCGUGAAUUUGCCGUCGACUUGACGGUGUCGAGUUCAGCGUCCGUUGCUAUGGUGAUACCAGCUGAGUGAAAGACAGACUAUUUUUUGACUGGUGUAUAAAAAGCCGCGGGACUGUAUCGUGUGAUGUAGUACAGUUUUGCCCACACAAGUGUAUUCUCAGACUCAGAGGAUUUGUGUUAUCUGAGUGGCAUACUCGCUAAAGGUGGUAUCCAAGGAAACAUGAAGACGUCGUUGACGCUAAUGCUGUGAGGGAUUUAGCGGCAUAUUCUCGCGUUACUGAAUGGAUCUCGACAAGCCGUCGUGCGCCCUGUCUCUACUAUAAACAGAUCGACCGGUGACCACUUCAACGUUCUGUGUGCGUGUAAAACAUGUACACACCAAUAUGACAGCAGUGUACGAGACAACUACAAUAUACAAUAUACUGCAGACAAAUACGGGUAUACACAGUCGUAACUUCGGUUCAGUACAACACCUCCAGCGGGUUUAGAAUCCAGACAUGUGGAACUCGCUGCUGAGUCCUUUAUCGCGAGGACAGGGAAAACAGAACGGCGCUCUGAAGGUUGUGGAUCAGUCUGAGGAGUACCCAGUCCCCUCCUUCCUGCCCUCACUGGUUCCCCCCGAGAAGACAGUAUGGCCGCUACCGUCUCGCCUGGCCCGAGACGAUGGCGAAGUUGUCCUGCCCAGGACGUACUUGACCCGCCGGGGACCCUUACUACUCUUCACCACCCCGGACCUCCUCAUGGCGGAGCAUGCGCAGCAGGGCGACCAUCAACCCAGAAAGUCACGCGACCGACUGAAGGGCAUGGAGUCAGGCAUUACCCUGGGUACGGUGGACGGGCUGAUCGACUCCGUACUGCAGUUUGGACUCGAAGAGGCUGCAGACGAACCGAAGGGCAAGACGUUUCUCCGUUUCUUGAAGGGUCUAGACGAGAGAAGUAUAGACAUGCGAGCACAGCCUGGGGGAGACUUGGGGGUCUAUCUUAGACACUUGAAGUCGUCUGCAAGCCGACCAAAGUUGUCAAGAGAAUCAGACUCGAGCCGGUCGGACUUGCUGUUCCUCAGCGACAACAGCAGAACUCUCAGCAGUGACUUUGGGCUCAAAGGACACAGUCGGUCAUUUAGCUCCGGGAUUGGAACGAGCAACAGACUUUCCUCAGGCCAGCUGCUAGCCUCGCUCCAGUCGACAGGUACCUACCUCGGCCGGCCGUUCAGCACAGCUCAGGACUUCGCGUCUCGCACCUCAAACUAUGCAGACGACGAAUCGGAGGAAGGAUUUCUGCUCACCAAAGGUCACAGGUCAUCUCAUCGUGACAACGGGUUUAAGGUUGGAGGUGAAGGUUCAAAGGUUAUGAUGCGGAAGAAAACACAUCGAUUACCUGAGUUUCAAUCGUUUUACCGCCAAAUUUCAGGGGAGUUCUAUGAACAUGAAGACGCCGUCCAAUCAGACGACAGUACCAGUAGCUCAAGCCUGGCGUCUGGUAAGUCGACUUUCAGAAGUAAGAAGUCAAGAAAGAAGAACUGCGCUGGUUCAACGUCUUCAAAGGCAAGGUCUUCCCCUGGAAACCACGAAAGACUUGAUUUUGACGUUCGAGCUAAGAUGAGCCCCCAGUCGCUGACAAUAACACCGCCACCUCCAUCAGUUAUGGAAUCUUCCGGAAAAGAGGAUCCUGGGAGCGAACUAGAGCAGCAUGGGAUUGGGACGAAGAUUCACGUGGAAAUGUCGCCGUCAGAUGGCGAAAGUGAGCAAGACGACACUCGUCUUAAAGGCGUUCAGUCAAGGUCGACGACGUCUUCCCGUCGUCAGAAACGAUCAAGUGGACUUCGCAGCGGAAACGGAAGUGACGUGAGCAAUAAAAGUCCGCGUAAAGAACACAAUGACACAGGUUAUGAGACAGCUGAGCAACAAGACACAAACCAAAGGUUGUUACAGCUAGAUCGAAAAGAAGACGGGCCAAUAGAUAACACUAGCGGAAGAAUUCUAGACAAUAGACAAUCAUCGCUUCAUUCGUCGGACGUAGAUUCUACAUUUCAAUCUGCCUCUCGUCCAGGGUCGAGACAAAACGUUCAAAGAAAUGAAAUAACUGAGACUGAAGAGGAAACAGAAGAAAGGUUCCGUCAAAACGUCGAAGCACUGAGACCGUUGUUACCACAAUAUACUGUUGACAGCCUAGCAAGAAAAACUUCGUUCACGUUGCAAUCGUCCCUGCCGGAUGAAAACACGGAGGUUGUCAUGGAACCCAUGGAGGUUGCCAUGUUACCCCACGCCCCGCGAGAAGUCGCGAGAUCUCGCAGCGUCAGCCAGAGCACCAUUCGUACUAUUCGCUCGUUCCUCUCCGGAGAAGCAGACGACGACGACGAUAGCACGGAUGGUAACGAUCUGGAGACUGGAGGCGUAUUUGAACAAGGAACAAACAAUUUAGAGCAAACGACAGAAGACCAAGUGGAUGGUUCAUUUACAAAGAACAUAAAGACGGCAGAUGUGCAGUAUGGAAGGAGAACGUUAGAGGGCGCUACAGACCCUAGUAACAAACCUGUUUCCAAUUCGAAGCAGAUACAAGGUAGCAAUAUUACAAUUACAGACAUCGAUCCGGAUGAAAAGGCAGCUAUACUCGCCAAAUUGGGCUAUGGAACCCCCACAACUUCUAGUGAAGAAAACGACAAUAAAGGAGGAGAAUUGAAACAGUCGUCAGAUCGCAAGUCUUCAUUGACAGAACGCGAUUCCCUUCAGCAAAAUGCUACUGAAGAGUUCACCAACAAUAAGCUGCAGGAAAAUAAAGUGAAAAAGGACCCUAUUUCGAUCCCGUCUGUUCCGUCGACUGAGCAUACAUCUGCGGAAAAACCUAUCACUGCCGCAAGGAGGCGCCUCAAUUCGACCGAGAGAGCAGCUUUGAUGGCCAAACUUGGGAUGUCCGACGACAUGCCUGGUGAGAAGGACGUCAAAGAACUAGGGGAGCCACAAAAGUCACCAGGCCGCAAGGGGACAACACAGGUGCCUAAACCAGGAUCAAAACCCGGAUCACGAAAAGCGGCGCGGCAGAAGCAACCUCCGAAGAAAAAGAACGGAAAGAAAAAAGACAAUGGUGCCCCAAAUACUGAAAACGCCAAACCCGCAGUGGUGGAUAGUCUGGACAUAGCCGCUGUGCAGGAUGAGAAGGAAGACCAUGAUGAGAGACUAGCGGAGGAACUAGAGGCUGUGCAGAAGGAUCUAGCCGCAGAAGGAGAUAUGGAAGAAGAAGAAGAGGAGGACAACAAGAAGGAGAAAGAAAAGGCAGAGAAGGAGAGCAAGAAGAAACGAGCACAGGAACUGAAGAAAGAGAAGGAAGAGCUGAAACAAAAGCUCCAGGCAGAGAAAAAGCGCCGUGAGGAGGAACAACGUCUUCUCAAGGAAAGGAUCCGGGAAAAGGAGGAAGCAAAAAGACGUGAAGAAGAGGAAAGAAGGCGCCAGAUAGAGGAACAAAUGACGGCGGUUGAGAUGGCGGAAAUGGAUGCAGAAGAAGCGUCACGUAUGGAGGAGGAGACCAAGCGUCUUCUCGCAGAGUCACGUAAAAAAGCGCGAGAGGAGAGAGAGGCCCGGCGGAAGGCUGAACAGGAGAGGCGGCGGGAGGAGGCGCAGAGGAGGCGGGAAGAGCAGAAACAGAUGCAACUGGAAGCGCAACAGCGCGAAGAACGCAUGCGCAGGGCGAUCGGUGACGCCGAAGAAAGACGAAGGUUGGCGGAGAUCGAGCGGAAACGUAGGGAGGAGGAAGAGCGGAGGAUGGAGGAGGAGCAGAGAGCGGAGGAGGAGAGGAUGAGAAGGGAAGCGGAGGAGGAGGAGGAGAGGAUAAGGGAGGCCGAGAAAUCAGCAGAGGAAGAGGCGAUGAGAAAACUAGCAAAGGAACGGAGGGAGGCGGAAGAGCGCAAGCGCCUGGCCAAAGAGGAAGCUGAUAGGAAGAGGAGGGAGGAAGUCAAAAUGAAAUUCCUUCAGGAGCUAAAAGAGCAAGAGGAAGCCGAAAAGCGCCUCCAGGCGGAACUGGAGGAACAGCAUCGCCUGGAGGAGGAGCGACAGCGUCAAAUGGAGCUGGACCAGCUUGAGGCGGAUCGGCGUGAGCAGGUGCGGUUGGAAGCGGAGCUGGCUCGGGAGGAGGAGAUCAGGCGGCAGGAACACAACCUCAACAUGCGCAAAAACCUGGCCUUCGUACGGCACGGGCAGGAGUUCACCAAGCCCUGGGUGUGGUCAUAUUUCAAGAACGUCCCUAUGGAAGUUCUAAGGGAACCGUACGUCAAAGAAGACCCCAAGAAAAACUGGAAGCCGAAACCCAAACCGAAGAACCCUGCUCCAGAAUCCUGAAGGAACAAAUAGUCUCGUCUUUGUGUUUGUUUGAUUCGAAUGUUGCACGACAUAAAUGCACGAAUGCUGCUGUAAAGUGUUUUACUAUCAUAACGUGACGUUGUAAUGGCAAUAACGUUUAAAUGUUUUAAGUGCACAAUGUACAAUGUGGAAUAUAGUCGUUUGUUUUAUGCCAAGAUGAAUAUUUGAAUUUAUGUAGAACUUAUCGUAUAGAGAUUGUAAAACUCUCAGCUCCCACAUGUUUCGUAACCUAUUAAAAUCGUA